UGGACACCGUUGUGCAGAAUGGGUUUGUUGCGAUGACCUCAAAUGUGCUAUUCCUUAUGGGAAAAUGGAUUUCAUUUGCAGAUCGCGUUCUUGGAAACAACCAGUUUGACUUCUUCAGAAUGAGUUGCAGUUCGUUUCGAAAUCACCAGAUCGUCUGUUUGAUCAUGAAGCUGAUAAUAACCAUAAUGAUCAUCGUGGCUUUGGUGUGGCAGCAAGCAGCUUUAGUUGAUGGGUGCGUUGAACUUGGACACAAAUGUCUCGACUGGGUCUGUUGCGAAGGGCUCAUAUGUGGUACUCCUCUAGGAAAAAGGGAAUUCAAUUGCAAAUCGAAAGCUUGGAAACCAUUUUGAAUUCUUCAGAAUGUUAUUGGCUACUUUUGUCUCAUGUCGUAGCCAUGUAUCAAGACAUGAAGAGUAUUUGUGCGGUUUGAUGCUAAUAAUGAUCAUGUCAGACAUUGUCUACUCUGCUUGAUGAGUAAAGGAUAGAGAAAUGCUU